GCGAGCAGGGGAGCGGGGCCGGAGCGGGGCCGGAGCGGGGCCGGGGGCGAUGCGGGCCCCGGUGCGGGAGCCCUCCUCCGGCGGGGACACGCUGGCGGAGCGGAGCGGAGCAGGGGAAGGACUGCUGUGCUCCGAGCGCUGUGCACCUGUGGGCGUGACCGCCGGCCCCCUCCUCCUCCUCCUGCUUCUGGUUACUUGAAGGGCCGGCGCCGCUGUAGCGGCAGAACCUGAGAGCAGAGCGGGCGGCGCACGGAGAGGAGAAAACCUGCCACCGCGACCCUCCACCUGAAGUGUCCCGGCCGCCUCUCGCCCCGUCGAGCCGCAGGACCGGCUGGGAGGGGAGCUCAGGCCGGACUGGGUGGGGGGGACGGGGCUGUCCGGCUCCGCCGCUGCUCUCGGCAGCUGGCGGGCACCGUCGCCCCCCGCUCCCCCGCGGGCGCUGCGCUGGAGCGCGGAUCGCCCUCGCCCCGCGGAACUGCCCGGCCCAGCCCUGCCCCGCGGGCGGGCGGCGGUGGCCCCGGUCUGCCCUCGCCCCUCGGUGCCGGCGGCCCCCGCGGACAUGCUGCCCUGCGCUGGGCGGCGGCGACGCCCUGAGCGGGGGUCGCCCUAGAGCGGCGGGCGGGCGGGGGAGGCCCCGCGUCAGCACCGCCAGGGCCCGCACCCACCGGCGGGGGCUGCCCCGGGGAGCGGAGAGGCGGGGGAGAGGACAACAAGCGGAACAACUUCUGCAAAUUAAAAAAGGAAAGGAGAGGGGAAAGAAAGUAAAAAGAGGGUCGUUCGUGGGACAUCUUCGAAGCUCAGCAGCCCGCGUGGCGUCCAAGCCGCAGUGAAACCCUCCGCGCCAGUGAAUCCCACCACAGUGACAAGAAGAAAGCUGGCAGUGGCCACUGCGCCCAAGUAUCGCAGGUGUUAGAGUCGUCUUGGCUUUCUGGCUGGAAGAUGAUUCCUGCAACAGAACCAUGUUGCUGAUGAUAAACCGCAGGGUCGUUGGAAGAUGCCUUCCUUGAGGAUUACACCUGGAGAAAGCCCAUCAGUCAAGGGGAGAGCUGGCUGGUGAAACUGUCUGACUUUCCCCCCCACCGGGGAAGUGGCUUCAAUGGCUCCAUCUCCCAGGAGAAGCAGUAGGAAAGAUGCCAACACCUUGCCAAGCAUGUCUUCAACUUUCUGGGCUAUCAUGAUCCUGGCCAGUCUCCUAAUCGCUUACUGCAAUUUUAACAGCUAUUUUGGAGCGGAUAACCCUCAAUGGCUGUAUAUGAGACAUUGCCCGGGGUGCUUCCAAGAUGCUUUUGAGCUGGCCCUAGCAGGUGGCUGCUUAAUGGAGGCUGUGACCCUGUGGAAAGCCUGUCCUGGACCUGUGAACCCAACAAGAGAAGCCCAGGCUGGAGCAGGUGUCUCAGGAAUCAACAGCCUUUCUGGAGCUAUAUCAGAAACAUCCUUGACAGUCCCAUGUCCACUCCAUGACCUUACUGAUCAGUCGCAGUGUCUUCUACCUGUCUGAGGAAGUCAUAAAUUGGAACCUGAUAUACCAGAAACCAAUAUAUAUUAGUAAGAAAGGAAGCAAAGUGUGUGUCAGCAGCAUGGAACAUGUCCUCAGAAUCACACUCAAGAAGCUAAAAGUGAAUAAAUCUGCAGAGACUAUCA